GUCUUGUGCUGGUGCGUGUUUGUAACCCCCACCUAUCAGCAUGCAAUAUCGCCGCUGAACAGCACCAGCUCCCUCAUAUCGCUUCUUAGUCGCAUGCCAAAUAUAUGGAAGCCGCCAGCCUCGUUCCCUCCAGUUACGAUUACGUUUGUUUGCCUUUCCGUGGGUGGGACAGCGCACCUGGCAUGAAAGAUCCAAAGAUCUGAACUCACAGCCUCGGACUCAUACUGACAAACAACGUAACAUUCACGGCCACCUUUCCGAAUAUCGCUCGCAAAAAGACAUUCUCCCACCCAAUCUACGAGAUCCUUACGACCUUUACAUUCCACGUCCUCGUAACGCCAUCCUCCGCGCCUCCGCGCCUCCGCGCCUCCGCAAUCGCGACCAUGGUGGUGUCAGAGGCAGACGUUGAUACAUUCUUAGCUUUCAUAGGGGAUGGAGUCAGUCGCGAGGUUGCUGCCACAGUCCUACGACAACAAGGCAGCGUGGAGGCUGCUGUUAACAAGUUCUAUGACAACCUGGACAACCCCGCCGGCCUAAUACAGCCCGAAAACAACAACUACGAUCCCAAUGCAUUUUCGGCGGACCGAUAUGGUGAGACCGAACCUGGUGGCCUUCCUUCUUUUCGCAUUGACUAUCCACCCGGUACAGACAAUUUCAACGGAUCGCAUAGCGUUGCUCCCAGUCGACCUCCGUCGCGGACGAGUCAGCAUGCUGCCACUCCCGGAACCGGCGAUGUGCCCAUACAAAGCAUCGAGAAUGGACAAGAGUUGGGCGUAAUUAAUAAUGCUAACUACUCAAAACCCAUGUUUGGACCAGCAAACAAGGACCAGGUCUACGACUCCAAUAGCUGGGCCAUGGUUCCGGUGUCGAAGAGCACCGAAUAUAUUCCAGAUGCAGUACCAGUUCAGCGGAAGCGCGAGGAGGAGGGUCCCGCGAUCAUCAAACCUACCCCGAAUUGGGACUACCUACCUUCGCUGAUAUCUAUCAUCCACACGAUCCCUUUGUUUCGGAACGCACUGCUGGCCCCGGAAAUAUCCCUACGUAGCUACCAUGCUGGCGAGGAUUGGUGGAAAGGGUCUUCUACAGCAUCGAAAGCGACAGUGGUUUUCGACUCUGAGGAUGAGAGCCCGCAUGACCUGGAUUUGAUACAUGAGAUGCAAAGGCUGAUGGCCUUCCUCGAUCGUACUGACAGAGCGUACGGGUCUAUCGGUGCACUUCAGCAAUUGGACGCAUGGAAGAAGGCGAGGGAUGAUAUGACCGAGCGCCCCAACGAUGAACUUCUCACGUUUCUACUGAAAUGGGGAGAUGCCUAUCACAAUCUUACAUCCAAACCUCUGGACGGUGUAUUUCGCUCUGUGAUCAGCGCUGAGGGACAGGAACAGAGUUCGGCUCUACUGGAUGCCAACAUUAUCCACCACGAGCCCGGCACUAAGAUGUCACUUUACGAUGUUCUAGAUGAGAACCUGUUCGAAUCUGUUGCCGGCGCUGGCACCGCUUUCAUCAAGAGCGCUAGUGACGUGCUCGUCUUCCGGUUAGAAAGCUCAGAUGCCAAGGGCAAGCUCGAUUGCAAGAUUCCAGCCACCCUGUACGCAGACAGGUACCUCGAGGAGAAUAAAGAGGCGAUUGCCGCGAUGGUGCAUGAGCGCAAACAAUGCGAUGCCCGGAUCAAAGAAAUUGAUGAAGAAGCCGCCAAGAUAAAAUACCACACGACGAAGAAGAUUCGCCCAGGGGAAAAAAUGGAGACAUUGAAGCUGCUCAAGAGUAGCAUGGCGGCUUUCCAGCAGAAGUCGGACGAUUUGAUACAUGAUCCGAAGAAUGCCACGAUACUUACGCAGCUGCAGUCGCUGUACGAUAGCAUAGAACGGAAGCUAAAUGCUUUAGAAGAACAGAAGAAGCAGGCUCGCAAGAGUCUUGACGAUAUGUCAAGCCGUUUCAGGGCGCCAUUCGUUGAUGGCGACGAGGAAUCUCCAGCGAAGACAGAUGGUGACGGUACCGAACAGGAUACUGAGAUGUCAAUGAAGCACCCGUACAAGCUCUGUGGUGUAUCAACACAUUCAAACGUCGUUUACCUCCUUCAUCCAAACGCGAAGACCAACGAUCGUGAUACGGAAUGGUGGCGCGUCGAAUAUUCCACUCCUGGCUCGGAUUUGGCAUACGUUCUCCGCGAGCGCCUCUCAUUAUCUUCUGUCCUCGAAAAAGCGAGCGAAGAGAAUAGAUCUGCACUUCUCGUCUACGCCAGCGAAGCCGCCCUAUCACCCGAUCCAAUUCCCCUAUCAGACGCACUGGACCGAUUCGUUAAAGCCGAUAACCUUUCAUUCCAGGAGGAACUGCAAACGGACCUGGAAUUUGAACCGUGGGAUCCUACUUCAAGCUGGGCUGAGGAACCUGAUGCAAAACCCUACCAGGACCAUAAUAGUGACCCUGAUGCCUUUGAAAACAUCUCCGCCGAGAGAUUCUAUCAACAACAGAGUCGUGCCCAGUCAGCAGGGCCAAGCAUCUCCGCCAACGAAAAACCCACUAGCGGUAUUGAGGAGAUGUGUGAAGUUAAUGGCGGGUUCAGCGCCUGGGCUGGCGCAAGCAAUGCGUCGAGCGAGACGAUCGCUGGGGAUUCCAUGGAUCUUGUGGAGAGCCAAGGACAGGCGCCAGCUGUUCAGGGCGCGACAGAACAUGGCCCGGUCGAAGUCCGUGACGUCGAAAUGGGUGACGCAGAAGACAGUGCGAAGAGAGCAGAGGCCCGGCCUGAGGCAAAGGUUCAACACAUCGAGUUCGCUGGAGGUGCUGAAGGCGUUGCAGGAGAGAGGAAGGGAGGUUAG